AUGGCACGGAUUCAGGCCUUCUCAUCGAGGACACUCUCGUCCAUAGAUAAGCUACUGAGAACCCGUUCGUUCUCAGCAAACACUUGUGCCGACCGAAUACCGGCGGCGUACUCGUCCUCUGUGAAGAAUCUAGUGGAUAAGCGCUUUCACUUGAUCCGUCAUUCUUCAAUUCUCUCGACCGUUUUCAAUCAGGAAGAUAAGCAACAGACAGUGGCUCGUACGAAAAAGACCACCCGCAAGUCCAUCGGUGGCAAGGCCUUGCGCGAACAGCUCGCUACCAAAGCUGCCCGCAAGUCGGCGCCUGCAACUGGCGGUGUCAAGAAGCCGCACCGUUACCGUCCGGGUACGGUCACGCUGCGUGUGAUCCGUCGCUUCCAGAAGUCGACGGAGCUGCUCAUCCGCAAGCUGCCGUUCCAGCGUCUGGUGCGUGAAUUCGCUCAGUACUUCAAGACGGACUUGCGUUUUCAAGGCUCGGCUGUGUUUGAGUUGCAGGAGGCUGUGGAGGCGUACCUUGUGGGUUUGUUCGAGAACACGAAUAAGUGCUACCAUGUAUAA